AUGAAAGCUCGUCUACCAUUACCAUCACUAAAACUACAUCAUGGGCUAGCAGACGAUGUUGUUGUAAAAACAUACAAUGAGAAGCAAAAUACAGAGGGAACUUUGUCAGACCAUUUUGGGGAUGAUUUAACAGAAGCUUUUUAUAGAUUGUCUCGAAUAAAAGAACCUCAAACUCAAAUGAAGCAACCACAAGGAGACGAUGAUCGCAGUGAAUUAUAUAAUUUUAAAGAAUAUUCAAGUAGAAACGAGGAAAAUCCUUUAAAGUACAAAGAAUUUUUUGAUCAUAGUUAUUUGCCCAAGCAAAGUAGUGCGAGAUAUUUACCAAUAGUUAAGCAUGAAGCGAAGAAUUUCUUCAAGAAUUCAUUUUAUGACGAACAGAAUACACCAGUGAGAGGAAAAUGGUAUAAUGCUGAUGCAUUUAAAAAGAAUCACAGGGAUGGAACUCCUUCAUCAUUUGAUUACAGA